UUUCGGGUCGAGCAAGCUGGCAACCCUAGUCUUUUGGUUCCUUUUUCUAUUUUUGUUUCAGUUUCGGUUUCUGAGGGUUCUGAAAGAAAAAAAAGGGGGGGGGUGGUUUAUAUUUUCGUGUGGAUUCUUCCUUAUUUUUAUUGUUGUUUUUGUUGGGGUGACUUGAUGGUUGUUGUAUAUAACUUUUGAUGGGUUGACUAGGUGUUUGAAUUUUUAAUUUAUUGUUGGGUUGACUAGGUUUUUUGAUGGGUGACUAGAUGUUUUGAUUAAUUUGGUUGUAUUGUUGUGUGGUUAAAUGUUUUGACUUUCUUCUUUUUUGUUAUGUUUUAUUUACAUUUAAAAUACAAUUUAAUUACGAACUAGAUAAGUAUUACAGUCGAACUUCGACUUACGAUUCAAAGUGUGUAUAUUUUCGGAAUGUCUUAUAGUGAGGUCCGACUGUAAUAUUUUCUAAAAUUUAUUCAAACAAGAAUUUAUUCAAAGCUCCUAGUCAAACAUUACCUUUCUUGGCGAAGAAAAAUGAAUAAUAGAAAAGAGUGCAAAAGCAAAAAUAAAACAAAUGGUAUGGGCAAAAGCAGGCUGAAUUUGUACUUUCAGUUAUUUGAUUAUGAGAUAAAGAUAUUUAAAUUCAUCCUGUUUUCGUAUAAAGAUAGGGGGAGUAACCAAGAAAGGUUGUGUUUUGUUUCUAUAUCUUUUGGUUAUUUCUAAUUCUAUUCUUGUGUGUAGAGUGACCAGUCUUGUUCCUCUAGUUUCUCAUUUUGGUUUAC